CUUCGUGAGUGGGUUGGAUUUUCUGUGAACCCACGGAAAUUUUUUUGAUCUCUCCCAGUUUUGUUCUGACAGGUGGUAGAAGGUGCUAAGCGCGCGCUGCAUCUUGGGUAUUCGCUGCAAGUUUGCCUCAUGAGCUGUGUGUAUCUUGUUCUUUUGCGAUUGUCAAGCGAAUUAUCGUCUAGAAUUGCGUGAAAAACCGUUUACAACUCUUUCCAGGAUAUUAAACGUGCAAACAGUAAACGAAGGAGCGUCCAUAUCCCGCAAUAUGGUGGAAGAAUGCACGGAUGACAGAUUCCAUCGGCUGUUUUUGCGCUAGAGGAAGUGUGAACCGGUAACGUAGCGGACAUGUAAUUGGACGUGAAAUCCCUGAUUCCCGUCAUCUGGUUUUGUUUGGGACUCGGCAUUUCGUUCCAUCGCCAAAAUGAUGUGCGAUAUAAUGCCUACGAUCUCUGAGGACCCGCCAGAGAUUAAUUACGGGCAAAAUGAAGAGACGAACUUCGAACAACUCAUGGUUAAUAUGCUCGAUGAACGGGACAAGCUUAUGGAAACACUUCGUGAAACCCAAGAUUCGCUUGCUCUCACGAGAGCCAAAUUAACGGAAUGUCAAAAAGAAAAAGAUGGGCUUAUGAAUCACUUGGAAACUGUGCUAAAUAAUGUAAGAAUCUUUUAAGCUGUAUUUUUAAUAUAUAUUUUUUCUUCUUAAUCUGAGGCCUGACCAUUCAUUCUUUGGCUUACUCAAAUACGCCAUGUUUGAUCUGCAAUUGAAUGUCAUUUCACCGACCAAGUGUUUACAUAUCCACAGAACACGGGUUUUACUGUACACGAAGAACAGUCUCUGCAGUAUUUCAACAAGAAGCUAUAUCGAUUAACUACAUUCUCGUUUAUUUUCAAGUAAAGUCGCAUGGUAAAAAUUCCAUAAUACGUCAAGAAUCUUUAAACUGUCGCUCAAGCUUCCAAGCUGCAUUCCUGUACAUGUUGUCCACAAAUCUUUCGUAGUUUACAGUCUCAAGCAUUAUUUUCAACCGAGUAAGAUGAUAAUUUUAGUUUGCGGCUUGGGAACUUCUAAUUUGCCGAUGUGUUUGUGUUAUUUCACCGAAGAUCAUGCAUAUUUAUGCAUCUCCGAUCCAAUUCGUUUUGUCACUGCUGAUGGAGACUAUCUCCUUCAUUAAUCUCACACGUGUUUAUAGAAAUUUCUGAUUUCAUUCGGUGGUAUUUCUUUUAUUUUUAGGGUGAUGAUCAACUUAUUGAAAGACUGGCUGGUUUGGAUGGAAUUAUCAGCGAUGCGGGGAAUGAUCUAAAACAAGAUUCUGAUAAAAACAGAGUUCGCGUUUUGGCCGAGGUGUGUGGAGAAUUCUGUCAUUUUUUUAGCCGCUUGUUUUAAUAACACCACGAAAAUGCAAAGGAAUUAGUUUAAUUAGCAGUUCCUUGGUUUUCUGUGGAAUAAUUCACCCCAGAGAAUGAAUUUUCACUGUAAAGUUUUGCUUUUGCUUCCAAGGUGUUUGUAAACAAUACUGGUGGGAAUCUAUUGUGAAUGCUGUGAUCUUAAUUUAAAAAUUUUACACAGAUUAAACGGAAUUAAACUUGUUUUCAGCUAUAUAGGUUGUUUUCCACUAGCCUUCAGGCGUAAAAAUCAAAAUAGAGAAUAAAGGUAUUAGACUAUGGGAUUUAACAAGUGCAAAGCUCGAAUAUUGAGUAAUAUUCUUCAUGUUUGACCUUUUUUAAUCGAAAAGUACAGUGAAAUCUUUUUUUGCACGACUGAAUUCCACUAUGAGUGUGAUGACGCUUUCAUCAACUGUUAGCAAAGUACAGGUCGAGUUUCAGACCACCGAACGGUGAUGAUUGUAAAGAAUGUUUAGUUUUUUGUGGGUAGAACAAUUGUGUCAUUACAAUCUGCAUUUAAUCAUGUGUCCAGUAUCGUCGAUCACGUUAGCGAAAAUCACGAUCGUGCCUUUUAUUUUCGAACAUUUCUCCCAGCUUGAGGAAAACAUGGUGCUGGAGAUGUAGUUUGUCUCUUUGCAUAGCUAUUGAAGUGCCCGUAGUGUGUAAUUUCCGGUGAAUACACUAUGUGGUAUUUUAUAUCGUACCACAUAAUUGCAGGUUCGAUGCGAAUACUUUUUUGUGUGUUCAUGGUCUACUGAAACGAUCAGUUGCAAUUUGGCUUGGAAUAUUUAAGCGGUUGUGUGCUCAAAGAUGGUACUAUUUGCUUCUUGACACCUAGCCACGGAAGAUUUUAUUAAAAAGCCCUCAAAUUAUCAAACAAGUCCAUUUUACCACUUGACUUAACUGCAUAAAGAGCUUUACCUUCGAAUACUUUCUGUUUUUCUUUUCUCGCGUUGGAGAGGAAAUUGCUUGCAUACAAGUUAUGUUUCAUUGUCAUAAACGUCUCGCGAACUGAAGGAAAACCUUUUUGUACAGACAGUAGUAUGUUUACUGAACUCUUUAAGUGUAAUUUGCAUGAGAAUAAUUUAGUGAUCGGCUUUUGUUGAGUUAGAACAUGUCGACCGAUUCGUGGAUGUUUCGCACCGUGAUAUCUGUCAUCUGUCCGUCUGCAAUCAGAACCUUGUUGUCUCUGUAAUGUUACACGGAUAUUGAUAUCUUGUUGAUAUCUCACGAUUAGAGAAUUCCGUUUUCGCUUGGUGCUGACGAGCAAGGCUCUCCGCUGGACAACUGGCAAUUUAAUACGUUUCCCGGGUUGUGUGCGGCAAACAGAAAUCGCUUGAUAUGUAAAUAUAAAAUGACACAAGUUACGGUGUAUGGUUUUGAUAAGUUACUUGACACUACUUGUACACUUGGUACAUUUAUUAACUGACAAAACGUCAUGUGAAAGGUCUCGGUAAUUCUGUGGUAAGAAAGGCGACAAAACUCACUUAAAUAAAAUAGCAAGUGAAAGCCUCUUCUAAUAACAGACAACAGACUACCCGUUAGUUCUAAUUGUAGUGUUUAUUAAACUUGGGCAAAUGUGUACGUCUUAUAUUUUACUGCAUGUACUUAGUUUUUAUAUAGAUGUGGUGAAUUUUAAUUUCAUUUGAUUCUUACUUGUUUGUGAUAAGCUGCCCUUCGUGAGAAAGCUACAGAUUGUGCAAGGCAGUCAAAUACCUGGAUUACUUCAGAAUCAAUCUCCUUUCAUUUAUAAAGUUCUAAUUUUGGUUAGUUAAUUAAGAUUUAAUUUCUGUUAUGUUAAUUAAUUGUCAGAACUGGUUCAUCUUGAGGAUCAUGUCUAAAAGGAUUUUUGUUAAAUUUAUCCCAUUUUGCAUUGUCAAUUAAACAAAAUUGUGAGUGUGCUUUGUUUAUCUAAAUUAUGAAUCUAUUAAAGCAAACAAAAGUAAUAUUAAUACUAUCCUGUCUUGCUGAUGGUCAAAUUUUAGAAACAUUUAUGCAAUCACAAAUUUCAUGAUAACAAAUAAGCUGUUUGAUUGUUUCCUCAAACAACUAAGACAAAUUCUGAAAAUUGGAAACAGAUUUUUAUUCAAGUUUAGAUGGAGUGUUUAACAUUGCAUGUUAAUCUCUACUUUCUAGCAUUUUUUUAUGGCUGACCUAACUUUACUUAUUAAUCAAGAUACAAUUACAUUCAAGUGUGACGUAAUUAUUAAUAAUUCGUCAAUCUGCGUUACUAAAAGAGACAUUUAGAUACUCAUUAGUUCAAAGUGUAUGAUAUAUAAGAAUUUUUCAGCAGCAAAAAACGUGAUUUCCAGUCCACAAAGAAGUGCAAUGUUCUGCUUUUUAACAUUCAUUGCUUUCUUAACUUAAUACAUGUACAUUAUAGCAAUAUUUGGUUCAAAACAAUGUGGUUAUCGGUAAUAAUAAUAAUGUUAUCAAAGUAUGAUAUUGCCUUGGUGCAAUGCUGUUUUUACCAGAAUGUUUUGCUACUUAUCAACAACAAUAUUAUUCUUUGAUCGUUUUGAUUUGGUUAUUCUUAGCAGUGCCACAUUAUAUGAUGUUUCAAAAUUCUCUUCUGUAUGCUGUGAAUAAACCAAAUGAAUAAAUAUUUUGCGACAAAACACAGUCAACGUCCACUAACGUCCACCUCUCUACAAUGGCCACUUUUUUGGCAAACAGUCAAUGACAGCCACCUCUCCUACAAUGGCCACUUUUUUCUGUCGCCAGGGUGGCUGUGUGGGGAGGUUCAACUGUAGAUUCAUAUGUUUCUGUUGCUUUGCCUUUUUUGUUGGUGAAUGGUUGUGUAUCAAGAUUUCACCAAAUUUUAUCGCACAUUUGUCUGGUGAAAGGUGAACUCCUUAUACUGAGAAAUUGUUUCCUUAUCAACAACUAGACAAGGUGAUAUUGACCUGAAUUUCACAUAACACUUAGAGAAGCAAAUGUCACAUUAAUGCACUGUUAAAGCAUUUUGUUAUUAAAAUGUAUUCUUGAACUUUUAGAGUCAUGAACAUGUUAGUUGAUUGGCUGGAAUGAUGAUUUUGUAUUUGUAUUAUACCAUGAUUAGCCAAUAACAGACAACAGUGACAGUGACUCCUACAAUUUAUUUGUCCAAAGAGAACACUACUACAAACAACACCAAAAUUGAUUUAUAAUGUCAAGGUGAACCAGUCAGGUGCCAUAAAUUUUGCUGGAAGUGCUUUGGUUAUGUUGUAGUUAAUUUUUGUUUUUCCUUUGUGAAUUUCGUUAGCACACAUUGCCAUACCCAAAAACAAUGGAAAAAUAGAACUUACUUCAGUUUUAAUUUGUGUAAAAAUCGCUCGGCUUAUAGUCGAAUAAAUACGGUAACUACAAUAAAAAAAUAACUACAACAGUUACAUAGUCUGCUUUGCAGUUGCAAAAAUCCGAUAAUGUCAACUGUCAGUACGUGACCAAUCACAAGUAGUGGGGCUUUUCAGCAUGGUCCAAACUUAAUUACUUUGUAUACCAGAAAUUGUCAUGUCAAGGUGCUUUUUUGAAGUGAUAUCAUAAUCGAGCAAAAUAAGACAUUUUUACUGUUCUGGCUCCCGCAGCAAACAGGACAAACAUAGACUACGAGCAGUCUCUCUUUCUUUACUCCUUGUAGCCUACAAUGAUCAAUGAUCAGUUUCAUGUGAGUACACAGGCCUGUCACUAAGUUUUUAAGUUGCCAGGUAAAUACAACAAGCAGGCGGGGAAUGAAUAAAACAGCCAGGGAUUUCUUUUGGUUCUAUUUUUCUUCUAUUUUCCUAUGAAAGUAGCCAGGGGACACAUUCUUAGUAGAGGGCCCCUGCCUCUUAAUGACAGCCCUGAUACACAAUACCUUUAGUCUUACCUCAUCAAAAACAACAUUGGUCACAAAGAAAUGAACUAUUGCCAGCCAGAGAUUCGAAUAAUGAAAGGAGAAUUAUAAACAUUUGUGAAAAUCUCAAUAGAUAAUUUUUACCAAAGCUUCAGCUCUCUCUUUAUAAACCAUUUAGAAGUUCGUACAAGAUGGUAUAUGUUUUUGUAGAAAAGGCAGUCUUGUGAAUAUCAGCAUUGCAGAUGUCUGGCAAGAAUUGCAAUUGCCUUGAAUUGCAACUCGGUGUUUGGACAAAUCCAGUAUACAAAACCUCCUAGGCAUCUCUGCCUGCUAAACAAGCUAUUACAGUUGGUUCUAGUUUGGGUUUUAAUGUGAAGUUGCUACACGUCAUUGGAGUAAUUUUGAUCUUCCAAAGCUUAUGCCAGUAGAACACAUUUCCUUGAUGCCUGCAUCAUGUUUGUCUCUCACUAAUGCACACCAGGACACACCCCAAUAAGUUACUCAUUACGGCUCAGCCAAUCAGUAAUUUGCGGGCACCAGUGUCCACAGAAAUGAGCAAAAGGAGGUUCUUAUAGCAGGUAUCCCUUACCCUCUCUCCCCAGUCCCCAUCCCUUUUCCCCUUCCUCCCUGACCCCUACCCCUUUCGACUCCUGCUACGCAGGCUAUGGUUGCACAUAGUGCCCAACUUCAAAUAAGUACCCCCCUGGCCCACUACUACAUCCCUCCUCUUUGAAUAUAUCGCAAUACAAUAUGCACACAUAUGUUUUGAAUGAAUAUAGUAUAAUAUAAUUAUACAACCACUAGGAUGACCCAUUUAAGGACAUCACAGUUGAAGUCACAGGUGCCAUAGGAGCGCAGCAGGGCUUAGUGACAGCACAACAUUGAAAGUCAAGUAUAUAUGUUGCACACACAAAUUUGGGUUGUAAAAGCAAGAAAUAUCCUGUUUCCUUGUUUAUUGGGGCCAAAUUCCAAAGAAUGAAAUAAGUACCCUAUGGAAAUAGGGCCUCCAAUCUCUCAACCCAGAAGAUGAAAUUACUGGUAUAGUUGGUACUAUUUUCAAGCAUUUUUUGUAACCUUGUCAGCAUUCAAUUUUCUUGUAGGAUUUUGCAACAAUGGUGAAGGAACUUAACCAAGCCAGAGAGCAACUCCUAGAAAAAGAUGAAGAAAUAAGUGAACUGAAGUCGGAGAGGUGUAAUACAAGAGUGAGUACUAGUGUAGGCAUAAUAGUGGCUUUAAGGUCAAUAGGGUUUCAGCUGUAAGUCACUGUUACAGAUCAUACAAGAAUUGGGCAAAAGGGUAUUUUUGCUUACGCCUUUUAUCUUUGUUUGUUACAGCUUCUUCUUGAGCAUUUAGAGUGUUUAGUAGCACGGCAUGAAAGGUCAUUGAGGAUGACAGUUGUCAAACGACAGGCAGCCACUACAGGUGGCGUAUCAUCUGAAGUAGAAGUCCUGAAGGCUCUAAAGUCACUUUUUGAACACCACAAAGCUCUUGAUGAAAAGGUAUUAUAAAUAUGUACUUAAAAUCAAGUUUGUAGCCUUCACUUUAGGGUAUUGUUAUAAAUUGAAUGAGUGUAACAGACUCAGUAAUCUCCUAAGAUUUUACCUCGACAUAAUCUUGGAAUAAAUGUGUGCCUAUGCGCUAAUCCUUUCUAUUCAACCAUACCUUCAUAAUUUGUCGCUCUCAGUUACAAGUUCAGAUGACGGUUUAAGCAAACAAUAAAAUUAUAUUGUUAGUAUUACUGCCUUUCAUGUGACAAAGAUUGAAAAAUUGAAAGGAAAUUAACUGAAAAAAUGAUUUUAAUCUAAGACGUGCUGCAGUGUUUUUAACAGGAAGUGUUCUCCUUUUUUGUUUUAGGUGCGUGAGAGACUCAGGCAGGCUAUAGAAAAGGGUAAUGCACUAGAAGGAGAGCUAGAGGAAACAAGGGAAAAGGUGAGGACUUGUCAGUGUUUUAUUCUUUAUUUGCAACUUCUCUUAUCACCAAAUAAUGAUGUUUGCAUUUGUUUUUGUUUCUGCAGCUCAGAGAGCUCGAACAGGAGAAUGAAGAUAUAAGACUUCGGAAUCUCAGAAGAGUUAGAACUGAAGAAAAACUUCACACUUCGAGUGAAAACUGUGUAGAGAAUGGUGAUGAAGGUUCUGAUAGAGUGAAGGUUAGCUUUUCAUGACUCUUAUGGGGUUUUUAUUUAGAAUUCUAGUUAGGUUGUAGCAGGAGAAAGGUGUAAUGUUACAGGAGAAUAUUUUGAAAGAGGCUCACCAGAGAAUUAUCCAAUCUGCGAUACCUAAUUAACACCCUGCUGUUGUACAGGUCAUACUGUAUGUUUGUUAACGCACGUAACACAUGGCAUCAUUCUGUGUUCCAGUAGAACAGGGGAUGAAUGUAUCAGGAUUUAACAGUGCAGGUAGCUGUGCUGUUAUCUCUCUGUGUAUUUCAGAGACUGUUUUUGACCAAACACACACACACAAACAAGGGGACAGGGGAAAUGUGAGACCAGCAGUGUAGAUGGUCACAGUUUAUACUCCAUGAUUUGGUCCCUCGUGGAUCAAUAAAUUUAUGAUGUUGGCGGAUCUUGUUUGUAAGAGACCUGGUAUGCAAGAUAAUAAUUAAGCCCAUAGGUUAGGGUAAGGAGAGCUUAAUGCAGGGAUUUUAUCAUGAAGGUUACAAACAUGUUAAAGAUCAGCAUAGUUAAUUUUAUCAUUGUAAUGGAGAUUUUGUGGCAAUAUUGCAAAAGGGAUUCUGCAGCACAGUAAGGUAUUCAAUUGUCUUUAAGAAACUGGGACCCGUUUCUUGAAAGUCUUGGUUAUCAACGGCCCUGAAAAGCCAUUUUUGUUUACAUUCAAGAUAGAGGUUAAAGUACUGAUAGUUUUGUAGAUAACAGGGUAAAACUAUCAGUUAACAAGACAAAAUGGACUGGUUUGUUAGCUAGGUUCUGCAGUCUUAUUCUUUAUAAUUUGAUUUGAAUAUCUGAUUUUGGACCCAAAAAGUUGUGAGGACUUUUGAGAAAUAGGCCCCAGAUUCAAAUCCUGCCUACUUAAAUCUUUAUUUUUAUUUUGACUUCUGUCUUGAAGUGGUUGUAAAACAAAAUUGCUAUGGCAUUGACCCCACUGUUCUCCAAAAUGUUAGUAUUAUUUAAAAAUGUUGUUGUUAUGCAUUACAUGUAUUUGCUGAUAAUAAAUGACUGGUUUGCUUUUUUAGCAUCUCUCCAAUGGUCCUGUUAGUCAUGAUAUAAGCGCACAUGAAGAGCAAAUGGAAGAGAUGCAGUUUGUUCUUGACAAACGAGCCAAGGAGGUUGAAAGGGUAAAACUUUAACUUAUUGAAAAUAGCAGUACUGUAGGCAGCUAGAGUAGGAGGAGGGAGUAGCCCUUUGUUUCUUUGGGUAAUAAUCUAUUGCAGGGCUGUGCUGUAGCAGCACCUGGUGGUCUCUGGAAACUUAGCUCUGCUUUUGGGUGACACUAAAAUCUUAACAUUUUGCACAAAACUGAAAUACUGGACACCCUUUUGUUAUAGCACAUCCAUGGGGAAGUUCUUGGGAGUGUGUUUCACUCACAGACCAGUGUUGGAAUGGGUGGGGAAUUGGCCAGCAUGACUUUCCAGUGCUAAAGCUAAAACCUGUCAAAUAUUAUUUGACCAUAUAUUCUUUACAUUUUUUACUCUUGUACAAGAUCUGCCAGCAAACUUUUAGUGCUAGGUUGGGUGGCAGCCAGCUGUCAUCUAGAUGGUGACAGGUUUUUUUCAAAGAUUUGUUGUGUUUGUUGUCUUUUUAGCUUACAAGAGAAAAUAAAGACUUAAAAGAGAGAUGCACAACUCUAGAAGAGGAAUUAAGAAUAUGUAAUAAACAACUUGAUCGAGGAAAUACCUCUAUACAAAGACUGGAAAGAGAUUUAGAUGAGGUAUGUUUGCUUUUUGUAGACUUCUAGGCCUAAUUGUGGAAGGUGAUUUACGAAAUCCUGCUAUGUGCAGUGUAAACAUAACAAAUUAAUUAUUACUUGCUUUUAUAUUGGGUAAGCUGGGGUACUGAGUAAUGAAAGCAUUUGCAACUUUUAUGAUAUAGUAUUUGAUUGUGCUAACUAUUAUUGUAAAUAGGCAGCUGCACAGAAAUCAGACAUGGAGGAUAGAAUAACGACCUUGGAAAAGCGUUAUGUGAGACUUCAGCAUGAGGUUACAGCACUUAAUGAUGAUAAUGAAAGACUAGAAACCGAGUUGGCAAGUAAAGAAAGUGAACUUAUACAGGUUAGCAAGUUACUAUUGACAGUGUGACAUGUUGUUAUGUAAACUACUAGGUCUUGAUACUUUACUACAGUCAAGUUUUCCUACAUUAGCUACAUUAUUGUAGAUGUUGUAGAUAAUUUUUUGUCUCAGUUAAUUUUUGUUUUCUGUUCUUUUAUGUCUUUCUAGGCAGAGGAGAAGAUCCGGCAACAGCAAGAAAGACUGGAACUUGCUGAGCAGAACCUUAACCAGUCCUUGCGAAAAGCUGAAGCAUUGCCGAAAAUUGAGGAAGAACUAGCUGUCCAAAUGGCUGCUUUGAAUGAGGUUAGGUUUCAAUGAGGGACAUUUUACAUAAACUACUUUUUUCUUGUUUCUAUACUAAAGACCAGAUGUGGGUGGAAUUUGUUUUACUCUAAAGGUGAGAUUUGAUUCUUUGUGUCUUCGUAGUCUCUCCUCCCCUCCUCCCCCCAUCCCAUUACAUGACAACACAAAGAUUGGUGGUGUAAGAGAUGACCAUUCUACCUUUUACUUUCUCAAAGUUUUGGCACUUUUAAUCUCCUAUUAAUCUUAAAACUCCCAUUUUCAGUUACUGCAUUUUAUUGUCUUCCAUUUUUAUGUUGUUGUAUUUUAUUGUACUUUGUUGCACUAACAUUUUUUAUUCGGUAUUGUAGUGCAUAAACAACUUUCAGCAUAUUUGGUGUUUUGUUUCCAGGCUGCCGAGAAACAUGUCACUGCUGAAGAGACUGUACAGCAGCUGCAAGCCCAAAUUCAUGAUCUCCAAGCAGAACUCAAUAGGGUGAGGCACUGGACACUUGACUACAUCCUAAUGAGAAUCUUCUCCGUACAUGACUUUCUUAUCAGGCAAUAGAGUAUGCAAAGACCACACCACACCCCAUUUCAUUCAACAGACUUUGGUUGGGAAGGGGCAAUUGGGAAUUAAUAUUUCUGAGUACGCUUAUUAACACCAGAAAACUAGACAAAAUUGAUCUCUACUAUGGACAGUUGGCUGCCGUAUGUAAAGAUUCCUGAUUAACUUCUAGCGGUUUUAAGUCCUUUCUGAGUCUGCUAAAAUGUCUGCCUUGGGUUGUGAAAUUGCUGGUUGUACCCUGUGUUGCCACCAUUUAUUUACAAGAGAAUAUCAAUAUCUUUGUAGGCACGUGAAAGAGAAAAAAUGAAUGAAGAUCAUAAUGCUAGAUUAUCGAACACAAUUGACAAACUACUGGGUGAAUCAAAUGAAAGAUUACAGGUUCACCUCAAAGAGCGAAUGACUGCAUUGGAAGAGAAGGUAUGAAUAUGUGCCCUAUACUUACCUCAUGCUAGUUACCACAUUGUUCUUCUUGUAUGAAUACGAAACGCGGUUUUCUCCCUUAAGGCUUCUAUGCUUACUAACUUUGUUGUAGGCCUUUACCGAAUAAAAUAAAGUUAUUCUUGUUUAGCUUUGUUAUAAACUAAGUACAUGUAAGCCCUUGAAUCUGCAUCUCUGGAAAUUGUUUAAACUGCUGAUGGUUCUUAGUUAUCUGGUUUUUCUGCAGCUGACAAUGAUCAAGCUUCACUUGUAGUACUGCAAGUGUAUUUCCAUUUGACUAUAGUUCAGUUUUUAAUUUAAGCAUUUUUUACCUUUACUGUGUUGUGUUAAGGAAUAACUUCUAACCAAAUUGGUGAAAAAAUCCUAAUUUCCUUCUAAAUAAUACUGGUGCAUUCAACAAAACAUUUUCCAUUCUCUUUGCAACAGGCUGCUUUAACGCAAGAACUUACUACAAUAAAGUCACAAGUUGAAGAUCUCCAAAGAGAGAAGGUAAAAGAUGGUUGAGAUUAUGGAAUGGUGUACCUUAAAAAAAAAGCAUAGGCAGACCAAAAGUUCUGAUCCUAUGAAUGAUCCUAUAUCCGGGUUGCCUAACACACAAGUUGUACCUAAAACCCAUUCAGAAGAAAAGCCAAACCAAAUAAUAAUCUAAGUAAUGAUUAAAACUGAGAAGAGGAUUUUACUUACAUUUUUACGGUAAGUUUUGUGUAAGUUUACAUUGUUUUUUUUUUUUGUCACCUAAGAGACUAAUAAGAGUGAGCUGCUAUGACUCAUUGGAUACUGCUAGUGCAAAGCACUGAUAUGUUUUAGCUCAAUUUUACUCCAGUGCUAUUCUAUUGUAGUGGGGAGAUUUUCUGCCUGAAGCUAUGUUAAAUGCUCUCAUGUCUAAGUCAGUUGUUUGAAUUUUUUCCCUUUCUAGGAAAUAUUAGCUCUAGAACUGGGAAGGCUGAAUGAAGAAUUUGAAAAGUUAAAAUCCAAGGUAUGAUAAUUUAUAAAUUUUUGCUUCCCAUGAAUAUUAAAGUCAGGAUACUUUUAAGCACUUCGGGGAUUUGCUUUAAUCAAUAAAGUUGGACUCCAACAGUGCAAUCUAUUGCUGAUAAAUGUAAGUCAUUCCUACAUGUGAAAAGGAGCAAAAUACAUUGAUCAAAAACAUAUAAACAACUAAGACCUUUGGUGCGACAGUUUGCAUUAAUGGCUGUCACACUUCAAAGAUGGUUAUGUUUUGCAGCCUUUUGGAACAUUGUUUUUUUUCAUCAUGUAGAUGAAAAGGACAACUGUACACAUACUCAAUCCUGUACUCGUAGCCCAUAAUAAAGAUCCUAAAUACAUUAAUAAAGCAAGGGACAGUGCAUAAACUCUAGGAAUGUUAAGGUAACCAUUUACACAUUCUAUAUUGUAUAUAUUUUUAUAUCUUUCAAAUCAGGGUGUCAUUGAUGCAACUGUAAAUGGUCCUGUUGUGCACUUCAGGUAGAGUACCAAAGUUAUGUGAAAUGAAUAAAUAUGGUAACAUGUAGAACUGAUAAUUGCAGAGCAAUAAUUGUUGGAGAAGACUUUUUAGGGACUGCGAGUUGUCCUAAUAUUUUUGUUGUAAAUACAUUAUAGUGAACCGGUCAAACGAGAGACAAAAGGUCGUGCUGGAAUAGAGGAUUCACCCAGUCGAGUAUUCACGCUCAAUGAACAGGAAUGGCAAAAGCUUGAACAGGAAAGUGUACUAAAAAAUGUUGCCAUGGCAUUUGACACAAAUCGAUUGUCUGACAUUGAAAGUGAUGCUGGUAGUGAAACAUCAGAGGACAAAGGUGUAGGCGGUGAUGCACAGACACUGGCGUCAUUGUUACAGCAGCAGAUAGAUGUUAUUAACAAGGAGCUCAGGUGAGUUGGAAUUGUGCUAUUCCUUUUAGCCCUCAAAGCUCAAAUACUGACCAUGUUUGUCCCCUUUUCAGUCAAUUACAAGAAGAGCACAAGACAACAGAAAGAAAAGCCCAGGUCCUGGAAAGAUCUGCAGUAAAAACACCUAUGCAUAAAGAUAUGUAUUCAGCUUCUCAACAAGUACAUGUAAGUGUAAUAUCUGUGGCAUUCAAUAGAAUAUGUUGAACCAUAUGCUGGUAAAUCUUUUAAACCAACUUUGUGUUCACUUUGACAGCUAUGCAAAUGUUGCCAAAGGUAGAUUGAAAACUUAAUGUCUGACUGCAAAACAUGUAACAUUUUGUUUCCAAAUCAUCAUGAUGUGGCCGUGCGUACACUGAAGAACAUUACCCAAAAUACUUAAAAGGUGGAAGCCUUAAGGGAUCUGCAUCCUGUGCUACAGGAAUCAUGUAGUGCGUGACACAAUUUGAUCCUUGUGAGAUUGAGCAGCAUUGUAGUCGUGAACAACAAAGUAUCCAUCCUAGAAUCUGUCAUAUUGAAAUGUAGCACAUCUUACAUGCAACAUGAAUCAUGUUUCUAAUUAUUCAGUCAAACUGUGUUGUUUUGUCUUAAAUGUUUUCAGGAGCUGGUUGCAUCAUCUACAUCUUUCCCAUUUCCUCCUCUUGAUCCAAUGGACACAACACCAAUCUGGGUAUGAUCAGUUCUUCAGGCACACUUCAAGUGCUUCUAAUAUCAAACUGCUAAGAACUUGCUUUGUAUCUGAUGCUCAUGUUGUACUUUUUAACUCCAGGUGAGAUCAAGUAAGGAGAAUUCACUUAAUACUCUUGAAGAAGCCCACACGCCACCCACACCAAGCUCAACUGCAUCUGAUUCAACAGGGAGUUCUAAACCCAGUCAGACAGGCAUUUUGUCUAGUUUAUCACCAGACGAUGCUGGAAAUACGGUUCCUUCUACAAAUGGUAUAAUCAAAACAAGGUAGGAAACAGAUACAGUUGCAACUGUUUUGUUCUCCUUGGCUUUGUAACCUUAUCUUGAUCAAUGAAAUUAUAGGGCAACAAGUUGAUCAGUAAUGUUUAGCUACUGUUACGUGUCACCGUCAUAAAAUAAUAUCUCUCACUUACUUACUUACUUAGACAUGGCUUAUUUUUGUUAUUAUCAUUGAGACUCUGAAGUUUCAACCCAAGCUUUGUAAAAUGCCAUACAGUCAAAUGUCAUUUUAUUGGGUUAAAAGGGUCAUUUGUUAGGAGAGUUCCAAUCAUACUUGCAAUCACAUCAACAAGUAUCAGACCAAGCUGCAAAAAAGAAAGUGACUACUUGGAUUGAUAUACUUUGGUCAUGACCCACAAACACAACCUUUUGACUACCUGCAAUUGAGUAUUUUAAAAUAGUCAAAAGGUUGUGCUUAUGGGUCAUAAGCAAAGUAUUUUCCUGUGUUUCUGUGAAUUUAAUCGUCAUAGCUGAAAGGAGUGACAGUGGCAUCUUAUUUCCAAAGUUCAAAACGUACUUGUGUAUAUAAGCUGCUGUAUACUUGUGUGAAAGUUGGUAUAUAUCUGAAGUCAAUUCAAAUCCUCAAUUUUUCAGGGAUAGUUCAGCAGACUCCUUGCCAAGUAUCACUAGUACAACCAGUAGUGCAGAAUCAUUAUCCAAGAACAAAGCACAUAAAAAGGGGAUCAAAGGAUCUAUUGGGCGUAUUUUUGGCAAUAAACCAAAAGCUAAGCAAAAGGACUCUGGGGAAGUCCCUACAGACUCUUACUUGAUGCCUGGUGAACCAGUUCCGGGAGGUUCAGGGCAGCGAGAGUUAGACAGGAGAAUAAAAAAUAAAUCACACCUGUUAGCGGAGGCAUUAGCAGCUGGUACACCUUUUGCUUUAUGGAAUGCACCCACUGUUGUGGCUUGGCUAGAGGUGAGUUGGUACACUGUGGUCUGUGUUUCUGUGUAGUGAGUUUAAGCUAGGAGUUACUGAUGAUUUUACAUUCAACACAUGCAUAACAAUUUUGGUGACAAUCAGUUUACCUAAUGUUUAUGAUGCAUUUAGACAUGAAACUGCGAAUCAAUGUUAGAGAAUUCUUGGGCCCGUACAUAUCCUUUCUUGGUGAAAAUGUUUGAAGGAAUUCAUGUCUCUUAACCCUUUAAACCCUAAGAUCAAAAUUUGAAUUCUCAUUUGUUGCCCCUAUUCAUUUCCUAAAGGAGUGGUGGGGAGAAGUUGAUAAAUAUCAUGAAAAUUCAUCUUGUGUGAUCAUGUCCAUAAUUCUCAUGACCACUCUGUUUUACAAAGCAUUGAUAUUACAAGGAGAAAUUUGAUGCUGAUCACCCUUUGGGCUUAAAGGGUUAAGUAAACGUUUCCCUCUCUGUUAUUACAAGAAUGAUAUUAAUGUAAUGUGCUUUUGUUUAUCACUCAGUUGAGCCAGUAAGUCGAUUUAUUAUUAGACUAUAGGAAUUUAUUAGAGAUUGUUUUUUUAAUAUUGUUGUAGUUGUGGGUUGGCAUGCCUGCUUGGUAUGUCGCUGCUUGUAAAGCAAAUGUCAAGAGUGGAGCAAUAAUGUCGGUAAGGAGUCACACAGUUACCUAUUUUUUUAGGCAGUACAAAGCAAAAAAAAGACAAUAAUCCUGUCCUGUUGAGCUUCUUAUAUUUGUAUGUUACCAAAGUGCAGGAGAGAAAAUGUUUAUCUGAUGGUUAUUUAUACCGAUGUAAUUUGAUCACAUCUCCUAAUAUAGACUGCAGGGGUCAUGUUUCUUAUAGCCAGACAAAACUACUGGGGACCAGCCAUUAAUGGUAGGCUGGGCUCUGUUUAAGUAAUAGUUGCUCAUCUUGUCCAACAAAAAAAAUGCAACCCGAAGGGUUCUGUGCCUCAUCUAUUCAUUUAUAACAGAACCAAUUCCAUUUCCCAGAUGCCAUUAUGAGAAGUCAGAAUAAAACAUUUUUUCUUUUAGGCUUUGUCAGAUACUGAGAUUCAGCAUGAGAUUGGGAUAUCCAAUCCUCUACAUCGUCUCAAGUUACGACUUGCCAUUCAAGAGAUUGUUACUCUGACAAGUCCAUCCUCACCUACAACUAACAGAAAUGUAAGUAUUGAAAACAUGCAAGUUACCUUUUUUUUUUUUUUUGUGCUAGUUGUGCAGUCUGAAGCCAGGAAAAUUGCUCUUGGCUUCUGAUUGGAUGAGGUAUCAGAGAGAAUACAAUUUAAUGUUAUAAGAAGAAGUCACACUGUUCAGCUUCUUGCUGUAACCAAACUGCUUAGCAUUGUGUGUAGAAAUGAUGAGUGAGAUACAUGAUGCUGGUUCUGAUUAUUUAGUUAUCAGUAAACUUUUUUUCCACAAGAAGCCUCAUCUGAAGAAUACGAUACAUAACCAGUUGAAAUGUAAGGAUUUAAGUCCCUAGUGACUACAUAUGUUGUGAUACAUGUACAAACGGUAAAAUGAUUAUUACUUUCAAUCAAAACCCCUGACCUCCUGUUUCUUUUGCAGUCAUUAGUCUAUGGUGAAAUGAACCAUGACUGGAUUGCCAAUGACUGGCUUCCAAGUUUAGGUCUUGCUCAAUACAAGGUGAGUAAACUCCCUCCUGAUCAAUUCCAGGUGUUAUCUGAUGACCCUAAAAUUUCUUACAUUACUGGACUCAACUAAAGAUAGAAAUUGGGUUGUAUAUAUAGAAAUAAAAUUAUAUUGUGACUUGUUUUAUCCUUUGUUCGAUUUUUAUUAUUAUUAUUAUUAUCUUGUUGCUUGUUUUUAUGCUGAUGAGUUAAGGGAACCAAAAGUGUCAUUGUUCUUUCGCUAAAAUCCUACUGCAAUGAUGACAGUAACCCUUGUAUGUUGUCUCCUGCAGAGCUCUUUUCAAGAAUGUUUAGUAGAUGCAAGAAUGCUGGAACACAUCAGCAAAAAGGAAUAUCAAAAAUAUUUGAAAGUAGUUGAUAGUUUUCACAGGUUUGUAUGAUGAUGUCUAGUCGAUGGACUUAUUUACUGACUGAUGCACAAACUACUGAUUGUUGACUGAUUGGCUAUUUAGUUGAUGGUAAUUUGCAGUUGUUAUAUGUGAACUUUUUGUACAAGUGCCGUGCUUUUUAUACCUCUAAACAAUUUGGUGGGGUUUUCUCAACCAGUCAGGGUAAGAUUGCAGAAACACGAUAAACAAAAUCUUGACUGGUCCCUUGCAUUAUCCUUUGCUGGCACAACAAAAUCAAUCAUAGCAUCUUUUCAUCUGUAAAAUAAAGUAAAUGACAGAAUGAUGUGCACUUUUUUACGUAAUAUGUUUUUAUCAGUUUCACUCGUGAACUUUUUCAACAUAACAACUAACAAAACCUUUACCCUCUUUUCAGGCACAGCUUACAGUGUGGUGUUAAAUGUUUAGGAUUUAUGAAUUAUGAUAGGCGGGUAGGUGUUUGUCUACAUUGUGGUAAACCAAUGCAAGUGGGUGAGCAGAACAAUAUCAUUAUUACAUGGUGGUCUGCUUCCCUUGAGUCAGUGAUAGAUUUGAUAUUUAAGAUUUGCACAAGUAUAUUAUUUUUUGGAAUAUAUAUCACUUUGCAUCUUCAGCAAAAUAAUGCUUAGUGCUUAGGUGAGACAGCUCGUGGCAAAUUGUUGAUUAAUGAGACAAAAAAAAACACGCGGUCCAAGUACUGUAGUACCCUUUGAAACUCCUGAGAUGACAGAUCACCAGUCUGAGUUUGUGCAGAUAACUAGUCUGAUCUCUCCCACCCACCAGAUAUAAGCCCAACCAAAACCCCUUGCAGCAUAUGAGAUGCCCCUUAAAGAACCUUCUAAUAGAUGACUUUACUGGAUGAACUGUUUUUUCUUUCCCUCAAAGCAUUUUGUGAUAUGAAUGAAACUCAGUACUCAGCUACAGUGUAGUGGCUCAAUAAAUAUUAUAUUAGCUACUGUCGGUUGUAAUUUAAAGCAGUGAAUAGUGAAGUGGAAAAAAAGCAAAAAAAAUUGUAUGUAUUACUUAACAGUUUAGAGAUAUUCUGUUGGAAAAUAGAUGAUAAACGUCUUUUUUAUUCUUCAAGUUGCUAGAGAAAAGAAGACAAAUGUGUGCAGAGGAGUCAAAAGGUAAAAGCUAAACUGGAAAUUAUAUUGUUAACAGUGCCUGCUAGAGUUUAUCCCACUGACUCAAAAGAGAAUUGCAAAAUUGGUUUUAAAAGCAGCAAGUUGCCCCAUAUGUAAAUUGCACUGGCUGCAAACCAUAGUAACAAACUGAUUUCUUUAGCUUGUUUCUGCAUCCUGAACCAUAUUAGAGAUUUUUUGUAGCUUAUAGAGUUCAUGCUGGGACACCAUUCAAAAACCCUCUUAGCCUGUCACCUAGAGUAAAUGUUCAGUGAUUGUACCAAAGCGAUGUUAUGAUCAUCAUUUUUCAGAUGUACUUGUCUGGAGUAACGAUCGUGUAAUUACAUGGCUUAAGAAGAUUGGACUGUCAGAAUAUGCAGACAAUCUUCUUGGCACUGGAGUACAUGGGGCAGUUAUUGCUUUGGAUGAGACUUUUGAUCACAGUACUCUAGCGUAUGCCCUACAGAUACCCAGUCAGAACACACAAGUAAGGCUUCUAUGUUUUAUUUCUUAUUUAAGCAAAGUUUUCAUGCUCUCUUCUUCCAUGGUGUAUUUCUCGGUUUAAUGUUAUUUGGUACUCAGUUUAGUAAUGUGGUAUUCAAAUGAAUAAUGCCAAAUUCCACACAAGUCUUUUUUUUAUUUUUGUUGUUGUUCAAUAGGGUGUUUCUCAUUUAAUUUUAGCUAUGAUUGUGCAAAUUCUAUGCUCAUGUAGGGAGAUGUUAUGAUGUAUGAGUUUAUAGGAUAACAACCCACGUCUCUGAAAGGGUGAACAUUAUUACACGAUUAAUAGUUGUUUUCUCAAUUUAAUCAGUUUUGUUCUUCAUUAACAUUCUUAUUUUCGAUUAUCCGGACCCUCGAUUAUCCAGACUAUUUUGUCUGGUCCCAACGAGUCUGGAUAAUCGAGGUUUGACCGUACUUCAUUAACCUGCCCCUGAGCAGAACCACUGUAAUACCCAAUAGCAGGAUUAUGGGAGUUGUACCCUCUUUCUCUCAACUUGACCUUGUUCUCCUGGAUGCUUCAUGAUGCUGAAAACAGAGCUGUGUGGGUGACAUCAGCUCUAACUGUGCCUCUAGUGUUAUGUAUGCCUUUCCAGUUUUCAUGUCAGUAUGGAGUGUAUGUGAUUGAUGUUGAUUUAUUUUGUAGACACGUCAUGUUCUUGAGCGAGACUUCAACUGGCUCUUGGCAAAUGCCACUGACAGGGAAAUUGUAGAUGAAGUAAGUUUUGCCAUUCUCUGCGAAUAUUCAUCUGUUAUGGCUAGUUUUCCAUUAGAUAUUUUAGUAGAGGAUUUAACUGAGAAAAAGAGGGGAAGAAGUUGGGGGGGGUGGAGACCCCCCCCCCCCCCCUUCCUGUCCUCCCAAUCCCCCCCCCCCCUCGACUAGAUAUAGGAUAGAUAUAUGAAAUCAUCUAGCACUUUAUACACAAGUUUCUCACUGGACAACUAUUUGAUGCACUUUGUUACUGCAGUGUGUUAUUGAGUUUCCAUGUUAGGCCAUCCUCUUUUUUUUCCCUCCAUUUAGCAGAAUCCGACUGACCCAAAUUUUUGGCAUUUUAAAAAAAAACAGAAAGAAAGUACCCACAAAAUUGAACCAUUUUUCACUUGAAAUAAUUCUUUUAAUCUAAAAAAUGAGCAUGGUAACAGCAUAGAGAAACACAGGAACAAACACAGAAACAUUUUUUACAGUAUAUUGUACAUUUUCGUAAUCCAGGUAUGUGAAUGUUAACUUGUAAUGUCAUCCUGGGAUACCAGGCCUCCUUUUUCCAGAGUUCUUGUGUUUUUGUUUUUUUUUUUUUGUUUUCAAUCUGACCGACCGACCCAAUAUCACGAAACGAGUUCGACACUAAACGAAAAAAAGGGGGGUAUGGCCUUAGAAACAAUAAAAUCUAACUUAACUUAAUUUGCUGCAGCUUGGCAAUGGUGGUGAGUUCAAACGCUCCAAGUCUUGGCGAAAGAUGUUUAAGCAGCGAGAUAAAGGAAAAGACAAGACGAAAGAGAAGGAACCUGUAAGAAAGAACUCCUCUGGAUCUGAAUCAUCACUCAGUCAAUCAAGUGUCACUUCAUCUCCAAAGACAUCAGCAAAAAAUACAAAGCAUGGUGCAGCAAGUAAUGACAGUAAAGCUUCAGGUAAAAUAUUGUUUCCUGUAGGAAGGUGUACUGGCAUUUUGUGCCCAGAAUUAUCUGAAGAAAAAUUCUUAGCUUCAUUUUGUCAGUGCAGAUGAACAUCCAUUAAGUGGCCACCCUUGCUACUUAAUGGAAGUUGGCCGCUCAUAAGAGGUUUGUCAGAAAUUAGCACAAGUCACUUUAUUGUCUUGAGAGAACUUUUGCACAAAAAUAAAAACGUCUCUUCAAAAUGUUGUGAUAAAGUUCUCCCAACUGAACACAAACAAUGCCAUUAACUAUGGUGAUGCCAAAAGCUGACCAUGGCCACUUGGUAGAGGUGGCUGCAGUAGAGGUUUAAUUUACUUCUACAGUGAUAUCAUGAAUGGAUUUAUUUUGCGACUCAUCUUUAAGGGUACUGUUUCAGUAUACCUUUUUCCUCAUUUUAUUUGAAAAUUCAUUUUUUCCCUUUAUAAUUAACUUACCGGCAAUUGCAUACACUGGUUGAUUUUUAAAUAGUUCUGUGUUUAUACAACUAAGGAGACAUUUUCUAAUGUCAUUUUCUUCUGCCUUAGAUGCUCUGAUUACAAGCAACAAUCUUGCGUAGCAGCGGUUGGGCAAUUGAAGAUGUGGCAGUUCGGUAAGGUAGCACUAAAUAGUCAAUUACUCCACAGGCGCUUAAUACAUGCCUGCAAAUGCUUGCAAGGCAUUUUAAAGGCGAAUUAGAGUAAGCUAUACUGGAUCAUUAUACGUUUCUGGAAAACUGCCAACCUACCUCUCCCCUAAGCUAGGAAUAUCUCUCCCUCUACAGAGUCUCCAGCUAGAAUUCUAAUAAAGAUUAACAAUUUAUAGUAAGCGAGGGGCGGCAAUGGAAUGAGUCUUUUUUUGAGAGCAAAGGCCGCCCAUCAUCCCCCUUCUUUUUUUCCUUUCAUCUUAGCCUCCUUAUGAAACAAAGGGGCCUCUGCGGAGGAAAGAAGUUAAGCUUCGGUAGCAAAUAUUAACACCAAGAUAUUUUUCUUCUUUUUUUCUUUCCAGAUGUCAAUUACAUUGGCUCAUUAACAAUAAUAAAUUGUUAAUCAAGUAUGCUUAAAUUAUAGAUACAAAAUUUAUUUUUUCAGUUAGACAGGGUUAUUAACAGUGCCAAACUACACUAGUCAGUUGUAGUGCUUAAUUUUAUGGCAAUGUAACAAAAGAUUUAUUAUGCAAAGGAAUUUGCGUGGGGUUAGUGGGGACCAAUAUUGGUCUCCUCCAAUGGUUAAAAGGUUUCCAUGAAUUUCUAUACAUAUAUAUAUAUAUAAAACCUAUCCGACUUGUGAAUAUUAUUAAUAAUGUUGGGUAUGAAUUUAAUUGAUCAGAAUUAUGCACACCCUACCUGGGUUUUAUGACUUGCGGUAAAUACACAAACACCCAGCCUCGCCAUCAAAUAACUCGCCCACAAAAAGUUAAUUCGGGGCGAGCUUUCUUUCGUGUGGGCGAAGUAACCAGUUGUCAUUUUCCGGAUUUCCUCCCUCGAUGUCAGCCCUGAAAGGAGCGUGACCUUGAGUAUUCGAGAAACAUAUUUGUGGUUGGUAAAAUAGCCAAUUCUCGAUUUAUUUUGUUUUAUUUGCAAUAUUCGUUUCCUAUAUUUCUUUUCCUUUUUGGAGAGGAUAGCUAAGUAUUCUUGUAUUUAAUUUGUUAUUUUUAUAAGUGUUUGCUAGGUAAUUACUUAAAGUUAUCCUGCCAACCAAUUUGUCUUCCAAAACAAUUAUCAUAAUUGUUGUUUCUUCAUUAUGUCUGCGUAUUGAUAGAAAUCUUUUUUAUAAACCGUACAAUUUAUAACUGCGAAAGACGUAAACUGGAAACGCCCUUAAUCUUAAUUAGCUUUGUUGUAAAUCAGAGUAACGCUCUUUAUUUUACUUUGCCAAUCAGACAAUUUGCGUAUUCUCUGUAAGAAGUUGCAACUAAACUAACUUGUUGUCAAGCAACUUCGUUACCAGGGUUUCUCUUCUUUCUGUCCCCUGAAGAACUACAUUGGUUCCUUGCCUCGAUUGCAAACUAGUUCCAGGUCACUGCCGAAUGUCGAUGUUGUAGUGCGUUACCAAAGUACAUCCGUUUAUUGGUGAGAUCUAUAUGUUGUUGGUAGGGUUCUAAAACAGCUGAGCCAAGUGCAAAGUUUCCGCCAGUAUCUGCAGCCGAGUCUUGGCGUGAACGUAUGCUGGUUUUAAUUUGAGAUAAUUAGGUAGAUUAAAUUAAAAGAGUAAUUGUACUUUUUCGAAUUUAAUUGAAUGAAGACAGUCUCUCCUAAUGAAUCAAAGGGGGAAAAGAAUUAUAUUGAUAAAAAGUGUGACCUUAAAACGCCUUUCACGUGGUCAUUGUCAAGUAACAGGCAUAUUUGUUCUAUGUACAUGUAAAUUGCGCCGCGGGUAGAUUGAGAGUGGGGGUGAUGGGGCUGAAGCUUGGACCCGGAAUUUUACGCCAUUCUUUUUUUCAGGUGAAAUCCUAUUGUAAACACUCAAGGCGCAAAACUGAAACCUAUCAAGAUAGGUGAGAAGUGAUAAACACUCGAGCUACACUCGUUACUAUUUCCACGAGGGAACUGGCUGGUCCGCGUUCGUGGAAAUAGUGGGUAAGACUUCUUGGGGGAUUCCCUGCCAAAUAUCCCCCCUUACUUUAAUUUACGGAGAGAUUGUGGAGAGAGAGUCCUAGUCUCCUUUACCCGUCAGAAUUGGUGCGGGGCCUGGAAAUGGUAGUGGAAAGCAAAUCGAAAACAUUUGCUGAUCAACAAUUCUGGUUGGUAGUUUGAACUAGUGUCCAGUUCAGUGCAAUCUCUCAUUGCGGUUUACUCGAGUUGUGUAUCUUCUCAUUGAUCUUCUUAGGUGUUGCCUGUUCUUUGCAGAAAAGAAGUAUUGACCAUUUCAGUGUUAAGUGAAUUUUGGUCAUACUUCUAAUUUGUACAGAAACUCUUUGAAUAUAUAGACAAUACAAGAAUAAUUUUGAUAACAGCAAUUUGUCUACUUCAUUAGCUGGCUUUUUCGUAAAUUAUUGAAGGAAAAUUAGGUACUGAAUAUAACACGGCAAGCAUAGUAUCUUCAAUUCCUCAGAGGACUGACAGUAGAUAUGCUUUACUAUGUGAUUCCAUCUUAUUAGCUCUCCAAAUGUGGUAAUUAAAAUAAGUCCGGUUGCAUGCGAGACAGCGAAACGUUCGUGGUCUUUUACGACUUCUCUAGAAAUACUGCAUGUUUUUUCCCUGGUAUUUCAGAAAUGGUAUAUAUUACUAAAAAUCAAAGGUCUUUGAUUACUUAGUAUGGAAAUAAGACGAAAAAGAUAACAAGCUGUCACUGGUAUAAAUUUUAAGUGCUCCACAAAUUGUACUCACUUUUAGAAAGAAAACAAAACUACAAAUGUCAGCCCCUUUAUAUAAUGGUAGAAUUUCCCACUAAUCUUGGCAUUAUUUUUUUUAAAAGCGCUCCCUUGAUAGGAGGCACUUGUACGUCCUUUGUGACUGUAUUUAUUCACAACUGAGAACAGUGUUCUUUUGUUUUUCAUUACUGCUGUACAUCAGUUUGUAACAUACAAAUAAAACUUUGUUAUCUCUAAUGUAUAUGUACCCAAAUAUCAAGAACUUGAAAUACAGUUAUAUUUUCUUACAAGUGACCUGCAAGUAUUUUGGGGAGGGGUUG